AUGGCUCGAAUCUAUUCUCUGCAGCAAGUCGCUGACUUCUUGGCGCUCAUCGAUGUUCCUUCCCAGUAUCGUGACCCAAAAGCGCUGGUGCCCAGUCCCGAGUCUUUGAGGAUUUUGCACACGUACAUGAUAUCAGCAGUCCCCUAUGAGACCCUUGUGCUCCAUUAUUCACGAGACCGACAAGUUCGACUCGAUCCUCAAGAUCUAUUUGACAAGAUUGUGGGUUGCGGUCGCGGCAGAGGUGGUUACUGCCUCGAAAACAACCUUUUGUUCCUUUUCAUGCUCCGCGACCUGGGGUUUCAAGUUUAUCCCGUCGGCACAAAAAGCCGAAAUCGUGUCGAUGGCAUCCCACAAGGGCAUUUCCAAGGCUGGGGUCACAUUGUGCUCAUCGUGACAUUCUCUGACUCAUCUCGAUGGGUUUCAGAUGUCUGCUUUGGUGGCGACGGUCCAACACAGCCCAUGCAGCUCGUGGAAGGGUCCAUGAUUCGCAACAUGGGCACACAGGACGCCCGCUUGAUUCGCGAUUUCAUCCCUGGACAGUCGUCGAGGGCUCCAGAGCUCAAGAUGUGGCAGUACCAGUGCCGAAACAGUGAGGACCGGCCAUGGACUGCUUUCUACAGCUUCAGCGACAGGGUGGAGUGGCUACCGGCAGACUUUUCUGUAGUCAACUGCUUCACCUCAGCAAGUCCAGACAGCGCUGCUGUGACGUCCGUAUGUGUGGUCAAGUUCUUGCGAAGAGAUGUCUCCGGGAGCAGCAAGGGAGAAGACAUGAACCACCAAGCCCAAGAAAUAUUUGGAAAGCGAAUUUGUUUCAACGCGUUCAUCAAAGAGAAUCUUGGUUGGAAAACAACAGUAGUGCAGGAGUGCCGGAGUGAGGAGGAAAGGGUAGAUGCUCUGAGACAUUGGUUUGGAAUCACACUGACCGAUGAGGAACGAUCAUCGAUGAAGGGGCAUGUCACGGAGCUGGGCCAACUUCGCAGCCCGCUGUGA